AUGCUUCUGGUGAAAGAGAGUGAGAUGGAAGGAAGGACAGAAAAGAUAUCUCCACCACCUCCUCCAAAAGGUGUCAGGACUAAGAGAGAGACCGAAACGACAGCCAGAGACAGAAAGCACAAAGUGGAUAAGGCAGUGAAACUCCAGGAACCACACAAAAGAAGAGAGAGAACGAAGGACAAAGAAGCUGAAGAAGAGCACAGUAAUGAAGACAAAAAGGAAGUGUCAUCCACUGUGAUCAAUGUGGACAGUGUAAGACAGAGGACAAAUAAAGAAAAUGAAGAGUUGUUGGGCCUUUUGGAGAGUGAAUGGCAUGAAGAUGCCUUGAAGCUGCAAAGGCUUGGAGUUUGUGAGCUGCUUCUCAUUAUUGCAGCUCUUGCCACAGUUAUAUUCUUCCUCCCAAUAUCAAUUUGGUUCUGUGUGAUGAUCGUACGAGAGCAUGAGCGUGCUGUGGUGUUUAGACUUGGACACUUGCUAGAAAGAAAACCCAGAGGACCAGGCCUUCUCUUUUACCUCCCAUUUCUGGAUGUUUGUCAUAAAGUGGAUAUUCGGGUAAAGAUGUUAAAGGUCCCUCCUCACUCGGUGGUGACAAAAGACCUGGUGUGCACAGAAGUGAGUGCGGUGUGCUACUACCGUGUUGAGAAUGUGUCAGUGUGCUACUCAUCCCUGGCAGGAGUCCCAGCUGUGCUGCAGGCGCUAGUUCAAGUCUCAGUCAGGGAAGUUCUGGCACAUCACACCUUCACCAGCAUACUGCAGAAGAGGAGUGAAGUUGCCCACCAGAUCCAGAUUGCACUGGAUUCUUUUGCCUGCAAGUGGGGAAUUAAAGUGGAAAGAGCUGAGAUAGAGGACCUCUGUCUCCCACUCGAGCUUCAACAAAACUUUGCUGUUGAGGCUGAAGCAAAGAGACAAGCACAAAUAAAAGUGAUUGCAGCAGAGGGUGAGAAAGCAGCAUGUGAGGCUUUAAAAGCCUCCAUUGACUCCCUGUCAGACUCUCCUCUGGCCGUCCAGCUGCGCCUUCUCCAGCUCCUUCAGACAAUGCGCAAUGAUCAGCCUGCUGUGCUCCUCAGCCUCCCACCUGCCCUCUACAACCAGUCACUUCAGCUGGCAGAUAUAAGAAGCACCACCAAUCAAAGCCAGCCAACAGAGGACAUUUCACAGGAAAUUGCUAAAGAUUCCCCAAUGAUGUAACGGAACCUCCAUCAACAGGAGCACAUUUAGUAGCAAGAUAGCAUUAUAAUUCAUUAAAAUAGUUCCUCUGUCAUCAGUGUUAAUUGAAUGGACCAACUGAUUCACUUUUUAUUACUAAAACUCUUAACUCUAAGUGAAAAAAAUGAUACAAGCAAGAGAAAAAAAAUUAUACAAGCAAGAGAAAAUUAAUGCUUGUACACAAUAAAGGGUGUACGGUACCCUCUAUUUUCCCAAUGUCUAACAACAACAGUCAGUAGUUUUUUUAGGACACCAAGGUCGGUUAUUCUGGAAUAGUUCUUGCAAGAACAGUAUUGUCAAGUGCAUUUCCAAAAACCAUCAAGCGCCACUUUAAGGAAGCCAUGAACCAUCCCAAGAUCAAACAAGACCAAAACCUACAUCUGCUGCAGAGAAGAAGUUAAUUUAGAGUUACCAGCCUCAGAAAUCACCAAUUUACAGCACCUUAGAUUAGAGCCGUUAUGAAGACUUUACAGAGCAUAAGUAGCAGAUACAUCUCAAUAUCAACUGUUCAAAAGAGAAUAUAGCAUAUUUUGGAUGUCUUUAGCAUUGCUUUACAAUGUAGAAAGAAAUAACAAUCUGGAAAGUUCAUUGCAUUAGAUUGACUGGUCUUUAAGCAGUCAUGUGAUGAUGACA